UGAACAAUACACAGCAAAGAAAUACAAAGAGGCAGUGCUAUAUGUUUUGUAACAUUUUUUUUGCGUACAGCAAACUCAUAUUGUAACGUCGACGGUUCUUAACCUAAAACAUUGAACGUCAGUAUGGCUGCAAAAAUACAACAAUUUGACCCGCCUAGUUCAGCCAGUUCAGAUAGUGACAACGGCGGAGAGCAGUGCCUUGAUGAUCGGGAGGUUUUUUUAUCGGAUGAACUAGCAGAGGAUGUUGAUCGAUAUCAACGUUCAAAUGGAACCCCGACGCCCCAAUCUCCUAGACCCCCUUCUACAGGCUCUCAGAAGUCACCUAGGUCCAGAAGGCAGCGAACUACCAGUAUGACACAAUCGAGUAAAAAAACAUCAGCCGAAUCUAUUUUACGCAGUAAAACAAGAACUAUAUAUACAGCAGGAAGACCACCUUGGUACAAUUCAGCUGGCCAGCAAGUCGAACCAUUUGUCAUAGGAAUAUGCGGAGGCAGCGCUUCUGGGAAAACUACUGUGGCAGCAAAAAUUAUUGAGUCACUGGAUGUUCCUUGGGUGACGCUUCUCAGUAUGGAUUCAUUCUACAAGGUUUUGAAUGAAAAACAACAUGCAAUGGCUGCAGAAAAUGAAUACAAUUUCGAUCAUCCAGAUGCCUUUGAUUUUGAACUUCUUGCCGCAACUUUGCAACGACUGAAAGAGGGAAGAAAAGUGGAAGUACCAAUUUACAACUUUGUCACACAUUGUAGGGAAAAUCGAACUAAAACUAUGUACGGGGCCAAUGUUAUAAUAUUUGAAGGAAUACUCACUUUUUAUAAUGCGGAUGUAUUGAAGAUGUGCGAUAUGAAAGUAUUCGUUGACACGGAUGCAGAUGUCAGACUGGCUCGAAGGUUACGCAGAGACAUAUCACAGAGAGGAAGAGAUUUGGAAGGAGUGCUCAAACAAUACUGUACAAUGGUGAAGCCCUCUUUCUACUAUUACAUUGCACCCAGUAUGGUGCAUGCGGAUAUCAUUGUUCCACGGGGUGGGGACAACGAAGUAGCUAUCGAGUUGAUAGUUCAACACGUUCACACUCAAUUGCAAUUGAGGGGUUUCAAGUUGCGUGAAAAAUUGGCACAUUCAUACAUCGGUCAACCUUUGCCAACAUCGCUAUAUUUGUUGCCGGAUACUCCGCAAAUAAAGGGCCUGCAUACGUUUAUUCGCAAUAAAUCGACCCUCAGAGACGAAUUCAUUUUCUAUUCUAAACGUCUGAUACGCCUAGUUAUCGAGUAUGCCCUGUCACUAUUACCAUUCAAGGAGAUUACGGUAGAAACGCCACAGGGUGUGUUAUAUCACGGUAAGCGUGGAGCAACGGACAAGAUAUGUGGAGUUUCAAUACUUAGAGCAGGGGAAACUAUGGAGCAGGCUGUAUGUGACGUAUGCAAAGAUAUACGAAUAGGCAAAAUACUCAUACAAACGAAUUUGCAUACUGGCGAACCAGAGCUUUACUAUUUGAGACUUCCCAAGGAUAUAAAGGACUACAAAGUGAUACUCAUGGAUGCUACAGUUGCAACUGGGGCAGCAGCCAUGAUGGCCAUUAGAGUUUUGUUGGACCACGACGUAGCUGAAGACAACAUACUUCUGGUGUCCCUUCUCAUGGCAGAAUCUGGCGUUCACUCGAUUGCCUAUGCAUUUCCGCAAGUUAAAAUUGUAACAUCUGCGUUAGAUCCCGAGAUUAAUGAGAAGUUUUAUGUUCUACCAGGAAUUGGUAACUUUGGUGAUCGCUAUUUUGGUACUGAACCUUCGGGUGAAGAUUAAAUCGAAGUUAUUAGAAAACUUCUUAUAGGUAGGUAUAAGGAUAUUAGGAAUAUUAUAUAUUGUAACGUUUCUGGUUAAUAAAUUUCUGACAAAUCUA